AUGAGUGCCAAACUUGUUCUUCUCCUGCUCUUGGGCAUUGUGUACGGAGCGAAGUACGAUGGGAGCAUCUAUGGGGUCGAUAAUCAAUUGACGUUGGAGAGAAUCGGAGAUGCGUUGGUUGGUAGGUUGAAAAAAUAAAAUGCUAAAAAAUAGCGUCGGAUUUGGCCCAGGUUUUGUGGGCUUGGUGUAUGUCGAAUAGCUCAAUGCGCAAUGUUCAGAUUUUCUUCAAAUCUUGCACACACAUUGGGCAAAGACUAGAUAUCAAUUCCUGAAGUUAUCAGCUCGCGAUUUGCAAGGAGAGCCGAGAUAUUCAACGAUCUUUUCGACGAGAGAGUACGAGAAAAUCGGAGUGCGGUAUAGAGAAGACCACUAUUUGGUCGUACCUUUGCCAGUUCCGCAUAAAAAAUGAUAUUUUUGUAGCAUCCUUAACCUGUACGAUAGAAAUAUGCAAGCACUAGACGCAGAAUUUUGCAAAAGGCUAUCUUUUUUACGAUCUUCCGGCCUAAAAAUCUCGGUUGUUCCUGCAAAGCGCGAGCAUGGAGACUUGGGAGAACAUAUUGGUCUAGAAUAGAGGUGACAAUCGGGUCUUGCCCGGUGAUUGGGCCGGACCGGGCCUGAGCAGAUCUGAAAAAGCCACGGGACGGCCCGAUUGCCACCUCUAGUCUAUUUCUGCCUCAAUUUUCAUCAAAAUCUGAGCGUCGAACAUGGGCUAUUUCUCUUGUAAGGCUUACACCAGAUUUCCGAACGAAUCUAUUUUCAAAAGGGCAUGCUAUCUUACAGCAAUGGGUUGAAAUCGCAAUUGAAGUUAGAGAUCUUACUGCACUACAUUGACCAAUACCCCUUUCAGGCUCCAUCUCCAUCGGAACGCCCGCUCAAGACUUUAGCCUAGCCUUCUCGACCGAGUCCAGCUCUUUGUGGGUUCCCGACACCAAAUGCCCUUGUAAUUCGGAGUGCACUAUCGGUAGGUAAUCCUUUGGAUAAAACACUGAACUUUUAGGAGGUGACGCACUGUGCUAUGCGUCGUGCAAAUUCCACUGCUGCUCGAAGGCCAACAAUGACGAUGACGUUGGGUUGUGCGACAAGAAGAAUGUGUACAACCCCGAGGAAUCGCAGUCACAUACUGCUCGUAAGUUAUGAGAACAUCAACCUCAAACGUUUUCGGUAGAGUUGGAAAUUUUAUGUAUUCUUGAGGAGGUUGAUGCUGUUGGGUUCACACAUAAGUCAUACCAGGCGUAGGAAAGAUGAUGCUCCAAGAAAAGGUUGUAUCAGCGUGUCGGGAAAAUAGUGAGCACUCCGUCGCAUUAAAAAUCGCAUCACCGAAAAUGGUGUUGCGGCUGAAUCAAAUUUCUUUUCACUUCAGCGACCGCAGCCACAAGGUGCUCAUUAUGUUCCCUACAGACUGGUAGGAGGUGAUUACGAGGCCUGGAAAGGCAGUUGAAUGCUCGGCGGAGACUUGGCGAAGAUUUACAAUAUGAUAUUUUUUUAAGAGGCGUAACUUUUAUCUAGAAAUUAGUAAUGUGAGUACAUGUAAAAUAAUUCAAAAUAAGUGAAUCAGGAAUACCCUAGGACCUGCUCAACUUUUGGAUUAGAAUUUCUAUUAAUAAGUCAUCUUCUAGCCUCCUCUAUGCAUACAACGACCAAAAUGUCGAUGACCCGAAAAGUCAUUGUGCCCUGCGGACAAAUUCUAAUUACAAUAUUUCUUCAGGUUCCGCUCGUCUAACCGAAAUCAUCUCCGGAACCCCGACAAACCUGACCUCCGCCUACGAAACCGUUCAUUUCGGCGCCAGCCACGCAACCAGCCUCUCCGCCAGAAACAUCAUCAUCGGACAUGGCUCCAGCUUCCCCGAGAAAUUCGCUGAUCAAAAGUUUGACGGGGCUUUUGGGCUUGGUCGGAGAGCACCCGACCAAUUCAAAGCGCCACUCGAGCAGUUGGCCGAGAACGGAGUGAUUGCGUCGCCUUUGGCUACGCUCUCCAUUCCUGAUGCGGCUGGGAAUGGAUACGCGACUAUCGGACGGAUCGAUGAGACUUAUUGCGACUUCGGCAAAGACAAAACUUUUGCUGUCGUGUCCGAUGAUAGCUGGAAGAUCGCGUUGAAGGCCGCGUAUUUCGGAGGCAAAGAAUACCUUCGUGGAUAUACGGUAAGAAAGAUACGGUCAACUUUUAGACACAGGCUCUGAACUUUCGAAAAAAAUUUAAUCUCGAAAGCUAUACAUUUUUUCAGGCCACAAUCAACACCGACUCCCCAUAUCUUUACGUUCCUGAAGCCGCCUGGGACUGGGUGAAAGGACGUCUGACCUACGAACAAGCCACGGACAAGUACACUGUCUCCUGCAGAAGAGGAAAAGAGAUCUUUUUGUCAACCACUUUCCAUGUCGGCGGCCGCACUUUCAGCGCCUUCACCGUUCCGCAGAAUCAGAUCUUGGUGGACAAGCGGAAUGAUCAUUGCGAAGUCAAUGUGAGAAGUUCAGGAAAGGCCAACGAGUUCGUUCUCGGAAGGCCGUUUUUGAACCAACGUUGCGUGGUGUUUGACUACCGCGGAUAUCUGGGCAUUGCCGAUGUGAGAAAGCCCAAGUACACACUGAACUAA